AUGGGAGAUUAGGACUCUUCUCAUAUCACACUUAUUGUUUUGUCAACUAUCCUUAUUGGGAUCUACUUAUUUGUUUUAUUUAUCCUUUAUUGUUUUGGAAAGAUAAACGAUAUCAUAUUUCCUGCUCCUACUCCUAUGUAUCAAGAAAUAAAUUUUUAGGCCAACCUGUAUUAUGCAAGUAUUUACGAUAAUGAUGUUAAUAUGGGUAAAACUAAAAUAAACAUAGUGCAUAGGAAGCCAAAUGUUUAUUCAGGAAAUUCUGAAAAAGUCAGAAACAUUCCCUAUGUCUAUAUCAAAAACAGAUAUUGGAAAACCAAUUUAUAUAUAAUAUAUUUUCAUGGUAAUGCAGAAGACAUGUAAGUUUAUAAAUAAGAGGUGUAGGUAUUCAGCUGUAGAAUUUAUGGAAUAAUUAUCCAAAAUGAUAAGUGCAAAUAUAUUUGUUAUUGAAUAUCCUGGUUAUGGAAUAUAUCGGAAUAUUUAACCAACUUCAAAUUUAGUGGAAUAAGAUUCAUUAGUUUUAUAUGAUGAAAUUAAGAAUUAGUUCAGAUUAAAUGAUGAUUAAAUCUACAUUUUUGGAAGGUAUUUCUCAUUUCUAUUAAGAUCGAUUGGCACAGGACCAUCAUUUUAUUUAGCAAGUCAAAGAAAUAUUAAAGGAUUAAUAACUAUGUCUGCUUAUAAAUCAAUUAGAUACAUAUUAAAUGAUUUUUGUUAUGGAUGCGGUUGCAUUUUAAGCCUUUUAUGUUGUUUACCUAAUAUUUUCCCAAAUUUAGAGAGAGCUCAAGAUAUUAAAUGUCCCAUUGCUUUGAUUCAUGGAGAAGAAGAUGCUUUAAUAUAAUCACAUCAUUCAUAAGAUAUCUUUGAGAAGUAGAAAUAUCAUAAUUAUAAUAUUAGUCUUCCUUAACAUAUUUAAUAGCAAUCUAGCAUUUUUGUGAGGCCAAGAAUGACACAUAAUUAUUAUGACAUUGAGUAUGAUAUUGCAAUUCCAAUAUCAUAAAGUUUUAUAGAGUUACAACCAAAGAGAUAUUGA